AUGCUUCUCCAAAGCCUCCUUCUCCUGGCUGGAGCCCAGUCCGUCUUCGCCAAAUGCAAAUGUACCCCGGUGGACGAUUGCUGGCCGUCAGCUUCGAAAUGGAGCUCCCUCAACUCGACAGUGCAAGGAAAGCUUGUUCAAAACGAGCCUCUCGCCAAACCAUGCUACCACGGCCCUGCCUACAGCGCAACGGAAUGUCAACGUAUUGCUUCCAAUUGGACAAACGAAUAUUGGAUUCCAGAAUCCCCAAUCGGGUACAGCUAUCCUCUUGUUGAUACAUGCCCCCCGAUCAAUGCUUCGGUAGCCGCGUAUCCAUCGUGCGAGCUGGGCACUUCUCCUUCCUACUCCAUCAAGGCCACCAAUGCGGACGACGUCGCUGCUGGGAUAAAGUUUGCGAAAGACAAUAACGUCCGACUCGUGGUCAAGAAUACUGGACAUGACAUUUCACAGCGGUCACAGGGAUACGGCAGUUUAUCGAUCUGGACAAAGCACGUUAAAGACGGGCUUCACUUCCACCAGGAUUUCAAUUACUCCGAGGGAUCUUGCCCGUCUAAUUGGACUGGAAGUGCCAUCACUAUCGGGGGUGGCUACGUGUGGUCGGAUGCCUAUGAUCUCGCCUCCAAACACGGCCAUGUCGUUGUUGGAGGCGGCGACCCUACCGUCGGAUGCAUUGGCGGGUUUCUCCAGGGCGGAGGACAUGGCUCUCUCAGCCACGAAUUCGGACUAGCAACGGACCAAGUGCUGGAAUACAAAGUUGUCCUUGCCUCAGGGGAGACUGUAACGGCAAAUCCAUGCCAGAACACCGAUCUUUUCACGGCUCUCAGAGGAGGAGGCGGAGGAACAUAUGGCGUUGUCUUGUCUGCCACUGUCAAGACCUACCCUACUCGCCCAACCCUCUACCACUCCCUGACUGUUGCGGAUCUGGGCCGCAAUGACUCUGCUGUGUUGGAAGCUACCGCUCGAAUAGCCUCAAAGUAUCCUGCCAUUGUUGACGAAGGAUUCGCCGGCACUGCGUCUCUCUCAAAGAGUGAUGGACUUUGGGUAUACAGCUCCCCUUUGAUCAAGUUUCUCGCCAACGAUUCCACCGACGCGAUCACCCACGCAAAGGAGGUAAUGAACCGAGAAAUAAUUAGUGAUCUGCUCCCUGGAAACGGAACAGACUAUCUGGUAUUAUCUAAAUGGUCUACUCAUCCUUCGUGGGCCGCGUGGUAUGCAUCGACACACCACACAACCGCAGGUAAUAGCCAGCCACUCAUGGCAUCGAGAUUCUUGAGCAAGAAAUCCUUGUCCGGCAAAGAGCAACAACUGUUUGAUCUACUUCAAGUUCUGACCACUGAGGCCGAAGGAGGGGUUCACAACGUAACCAGCACUGUGCUCCUGAACCUCGUUACUGGUGGAAGAGUUCUCAAUGAUGCACAAUAUACCUCUGUUAAUCCGGCCUGGAGGGAAACCUAUCUCCUACUACAAGGAGUAUAUAUGGCGCCGGCAAGCUCGGGACCAGAGGAAAUUCAAGAGGUCAAGGAGGAGCUCACCGAAAGGAAGCUCGGAGCCAUGAAAAGGCUGGCACUAGGAACGGGAACCUAUUUGAACGAGGCAGACCCGUAUGAUCCGGACUGGAAGCAGGACUGGUUCGGCGAUCAGUAUGAGCAGCUUCGGUCGACCAAGAAGAAGUACGACCCAGACGACGUGUUCUGGUGCUGGCGAUGCGUCGGCAACGAUGGCUGGGAAGAGGUGACAGGAGGCGCAUUGUUUGGGCCUCUGUGUCAAACGAACUAA